CCUGGGGACUGUCAGAGCCCUGUCACCUGGGGAGCGUCUGCCGCCGGCGGCGAGCCCACACUCCGGGGGUAGGAACUCCCUGGCUCGUCCUUCCCAGCCGAGGUGUGGCGGCGGGGCGCCCUCACAGCCCUGCAGGUGUUGUAGGAAUCUUCCCGGCGCAGCCACCACGCGUUCAGACACGAGCGGCAUUGCCAGGUUGCUGGGAUUUUCUGAAACAAUGGCGACCCCUCGGAGGAGGACAAAGAAAAAGGCAUCUUUUGAUCAUUCUCCAGAUAGCCUGCCUUUGAGGAGCUCCGGUAGGCAGGCCAAGAAGAAAGCAACAGAGACAACAGACGAGGAUGAAGACGGCAGUUCAGAGAAGAAAUACAGGAGAUGUGAAAAGUCAGGCUGCACAGUAGCGUGUCCCGUGUGCUUUGCAAGUGCUUCUGAAAGAUGUGCCAAAAAUGGCUACACGUCCCGAUGGUAUCACCUCUCCUGUGGGGAGCAUUUCUGUAACGAAUGCUUUGACCAUUACUACAGAAGCCAUAAGGAUGGAUAUGACAAAUAUACUACCUGGAAAAAAAUAUGGACUAGCAACGGGAAAACCGAACCUAGCCCCAAAGCUUUCAUGGCAGACCAGCAGCUCCCGUACUGGGUUCAAUGUACAAAACCUGAGUGUAGAAAAUGGAGACAACUUACCAAGGAAAUCCAUCUUACUCCACAGAUAGCAAGGACCUACCGAUGUGGUAUGAAAUUGAAUUCUACUACUGUUAAGCCUGAGACCUCAGAUCAUUGUUGCCUUCCAGAGGAUCUAAGGGUGUCGGAAGUUUCCAACCACUGGUGGUACUCCAUGCUCAUCCUCCCUCCUCUGCUGAAAGACAGCGUGGCGGCACCCCUGCUCUCUGCCUACUACCCCGACUGCGUGGGCAUGAGCCCCUCCUGCGCCAGCACGCACCGCGCGGCCGGCAGCACCAGCCCCGGGAAGCUGGAGCCCUCCAAGGCGGCCCCCUCUGCGCUGGCUCCAGGCAUGAACCGGUACUUCCAGCCUUUCUAUCAGCCCAACGAGUGCGGUAAAGCCCUGUGCGUGAGGCCAGACGUGAUGGAGCUGGACGAGCUCUAUGAGUUCCCGGAGUAUUCCCGAGACCCCACCAUGUACCUGGCUCUGAGGAACCUCAUCCUCGCGCUGUGGUACACUAACUGCAAAGAAGCUCUUACACCUCAGAAAUGUAUUCCUCACAUCAUCGUUCGGGGUCUCGUGCGCAUCCGAUGCGUUCAGGAAGUGGAGAGGAUACUUUAUUUUAUGACGAGAAAAGGUCUCAUCAACACAGGGGUUCUUAACGUCGGCACUGACCAGCAUCUUCUUCCUAAAGAUUACCACAACAAAUCAGUCAUCAUUAUCGGGGCUGGUCCAGCAGGAUUAGCAGCUGCUAGGCAACUGCAUAACUUUGGAAUUAAGGUGACUGUCCUGGAAGCCAAAGACAGAAUCGGAGGCCGAGUAUGGGAUGAUAAAUCUUUCAAAGGCGUCACAGUGGGAAGAGGGGCGCAGAUUGUCAAUGGCUGUAUCAACAACCCGGUAGCACUCAUGUGUGAACAACUUGGCAUCAGCAUGCAUAAAUUUGGAGAGAGAUGUGACUUAAUUCAGGAAGGUGGAAGAAUAACUGACCCCACUAUUGACAAGCGCAUGGAUUUUCAUUUUAAUGCUCUCUUGGAUGUUGUCUCUGAGUGGAGAAAGGAUAAGACUCAGCUCCAAGAUGUUCCCUUAGGAGAAAAGAUCGAGGAGAUCUACAAAGCCUUUAUUCAGGAGUCGGGGAUCCAGUUCAGUGAACUUGAACAACAGGUGCUUCACUUCCACCUGAGUAACCUGGAGUACGCCUGCGGGAGCAGCCUCCAUCAGGUGUCUGCUCGCUCCUGGGACCACAACGAAUUCUUUGCUCAGUUUGCUGGUGACCACACUCUGCUAACGCCUGGCUACUCUGUAAUCAUUGAAAAACUGGCAGAAGGACUAGACAUUCGGCUGGAGUCUCCAGUGCAGAGCAUUGAUUAUUCUGGAGAUGAAGUGCAGGUUACCAUGACGGAUGGGACAGGAUGUACAGCACAGAAGGUGUUGGUCACUGUACCUCUGGCCUUACUGCAGAAAGGUGCCAUUCACUUCAACCCGCCGCUGUCGGACAAGAAGAUGAAGGCUAUCAACAGCUUAGGCGCGGGCAUCAUUGAAAAGAUUGCCUUGCAGUUUCCAUACAGAUUUUGGGACAGUAAAGUUCAGGGGGCUGACUUUUUCGGUCACGUUCCGCCUAGUGCCGGCAAGCGGGGGCUUUUUGCUGUGUUCUAUGACAUGGAUCCCCAGAAGAAGCAGAGCGUGCUGAUGUCGGUGGUCGCCGGGGAGGCCGUGGCGUCCGUCAGGACCCUGGAUGACAAGCAGGUGCUCCAGCAGUGCAUGGCUGCCCUCCGGGAGCUGUUCAAGGAGCAGGAGGUCCCCGACCCCACGAAGUAUUUUGUCACUCGGUGGAGCACGGACCCCUGGAUCCAGAUGGCGUACAGCUUCGUGAAGACGGGAGGGAGCGGAGAAGCCUACGAUAUCCUCGCUGAGGAGAUACAGGGAAUGGUCUUCUUUGCUGGCGAGGCAACAAACAGGCAUUUCCCACAAACUGUUACAGGGGCAUAUUUGAGUGGUGUUCGAGAAGCAAGUAAGAUUGCAGCAUUCUGAAUAGAAUUUGUCUGGACCCAGCUUUCUUCUGUGCUCCAAAUGGUAAAGUUUGAAACACAUGUUAAACCUCACUUUCAUAAAAUCAAGACAAAAAAAACCUCCUCCUGAGAGCAUUAGCCCCAAGAAUCCUUUUGUAAGCACUUAUAUUUAAUUGCAUUUUCCACAGGUGUGACUAGGGCUGUCUUCUGUAUUUCAGAACAAAGCAGAAUAUAACCUUACAUUAAGACAGGAUUUCUUCCACGGUUGGAGAUUCCCUUUGAAUUUUGACAUCUUGUUUGGCUCAUCAGUUUUCAAGCAUUGAGAAACCAUUGUUUUCAAACAUCAAGAAACCAAGCAGCAAUCAUUAAAAAGGCAGAUAAAGCCAUGUGUUUUUCUUCUGUCACAGUUCACCAGUAUCUUUGCCAAUGAGCCUUAAGAUUUUUAUAUAGCGCCAAAAUUGAGCUUUUACUUAAAAUUUAGAUAGAAAUCUUUCCCUUUCAGAUACAGCACAAACUCUUCAGUUAAAAGUAAAUGAAGCUUCUAGACUAUUUUAUAUUGUACAUAUUUCUUUCCAUUGGGUAUUCAAAAGAAAUUUAAAUUUGGGUCUCUUUUGUGAUAAAACAUUUCAGAUUUGUGCACUCAUUGGCAAACAGCAAAAUUUUCAGUUCCUCAAACAGUAUAGGCAUUCUGUGGUUUUCGACGGGGUAGAGAUAGUAGUCUUCAUACUUGAGACCAUUUAGAAUAGGGCUAUUUUUCUUAGAGCCAAGUUUGGUCCGAUGGCACACUUUAGCCUUAAUUUUGGCAACCGCUGGCAAAAAGGUCUUGUCAGAAUACUUUAAUAAAACUCCCUCUACUGCCUCUUUUUAAAAUAACUGAUCCAGUCUGUUUUUUGCAGCAUGAUGUUUUCAGUAUUCCAUAGGCAGGUCCACCGGAAAACUGCAGAAAAUGUGAGAUUUCCUGAUAAAUAUUUCACAUUUAAAGCCAUAUCUUAAAAGCUGGAGAACAUGGCACAUAUUCACUUCUUCCUUUUUUCUCCUCCUGACAAAAGAAUUCAAUUAAACUCUGGUUUCAGGGACUUCAGGAUGCUUAUCUUGCCAAGAAGUUAGAAAAGCGGAUGGUAACUUAAAUGCUUUUGUUUUAAAAAGUCUGAACAGUUCUUUCAAUUAUGUUAGUCUGCACUGAAAAAAGGACUCAAAAGGACAUUUUUCAGAAUAUUAGGUAUUUUUAAAAUUUAAAGUCAGCUUGUAAGUAGAAAUAGAAUUUUAUGGAAACGUUAGACGGUUUAGACACCUCCCUCCUCAGCAAAGUAUGAUACACACCAACACAAGGCAAACAGCAGUAAAUUGGUUUCAAAGUUGGGUUAACAUAGGAAAAUGUUGAUAGACUAUCUGAUGAGACUCAUUGGUACUGACUGGGAAGUAUUCUGCUUUAAAAAUGUUAUGUGUUAAACUGUUUAAAGAAUAGCAUGUAUUUAGUGAUAAAUGCAAAAUAUUUUAAGUUUGAAAUGGUUCACGGUUAGUCUCUGGGCUCUUAAACUUGUACUGUGCCACAAGCAAACUAAGGAAAACCCUAGUUAGCUCAAGCGCAGUACAUGUGUAUUUAAAAAGCUUCCUGUCCCAAGUGACAUCAUUUGACAUUUUGUUAAGGAACCACGGUACUUUUGAGUUUUUGACUGUUUUUCACAGUUUGAAGAUUUUGUAAUUGAAAAGCAGUGACUACACAAUGUUUUAACUGCAGAUUGUGAACAGCUGGUUGUGUAAAACUGCUUAAUAAAAACUAGACUUGUUUUUCAAA